AUGUCCGGCUUUCAACUUCAGCACCCCAAGGGCCGCGAAUUGACAGGCGGCGAUCUGUUAGCGCAGUCCUUGAAACACCUCGGCGUGGAGGUUGCGUUCGGACUUCAUGGCCGUCAUUUGGAAGCUUUUUUGAUGGGAUGUGAGGUUGUAGAUAUUCGUUUGGUGGAUACUAGACAUGAGACCGUCGCUGUGCAAGCAGCCGAAGGUUAUUGCCGGAUCAGUACAAAGCCUGGAGUCUGCUUUGUCACGGCAAACAGUGGGUGA